AAUUUCAAAUUAGAGUUUUUGCUAGAUUUUUGAAAGAGGGCUGUGCAGCGUAAAUUCUGUUUUAAAAAGGCGUCAAAUUCUGUUUACAGUUUGAAAAUCGGACCAUUGGUUCAGCCUUUAUCGUUUGUUUGUUUACAUUACGUCUAACACAUCGGAAACAACCGUGUGAUGUAUUACCACGAUCUUGUAUAUUGGCUAGCAGUCGAUGUUAUAGAAUAUUACUUACCAGACGAUUCUGGAUUUUCCGAUGUAUGUAACAGAGUAUUUUACUUGAAAUUAUGAAGAAAAAAAAUGAUCAAAUCCACUUGGGAAUUAUUCAUCAUUUGUACAGUGUGUGUUUUGGUGAAUUCAGGAUAUUUUUACAGCUCCUUGUAAUGUUGAUUGACUGACUUUGCUGAAGCAGGACAUUUUAUUAUGCCAUUGAUAGUGCCGGAAAAUUAUGGGAACGUUUGCUUUUUAUGAAAUAUUAGGCAGUGUUCUAAGGCAGUCACGUUUUAGGUUCUUGGAGUCAAAUUUCCUGUUGCACCUUUAUGGUACCAUGACGUAGUGUUUUGCACGUGUCAAAGUAAUAAUACUGUAACAAUGCCAAAACACAAAUUUGAGGAUAGUUCUGAUUCAAAGCAUAAAGAUAAAAAAGUACAUAAAAAGCGUCACUUGAAGAGUAGUUCACUGAAAUCAAUUAAGAAGAAAAAGAAGAAAAAGGCGAGUCAUCAUCACAAAAAAUCAAAGGUCAAAGAACGUUCAUCAAAACCAAAGACUUUAAUUUCCAAAAAGACUGAAGUAAUUUUACUCGAUACAUCUCCUGAAAAUAAGUCUAAUGAUUCCGAUAUCUGUAUUAUCUAUGAAUCACAUAAAAGAGGUAGAUCAUUUGAACCAUGUCACAAUAUUCUUGUAAAAAAGAAUAAAUAUGCAUCAGAACAUUGUAAUUCAAAUAUUAAUGAGAGUCCUCUAAACAUUUGUGGAGAGAAUACUCAAAAUGACGACAGCAAAGAAACUAAUGAAAACUUCAUUUUGCAUGAAGUUCCUGAACAGUGUACCUCAGUGAAAGAGACAUGUGAAAAUGUUUUAAUUACUGAAGAAGAAAAAAAUAUUAUUUCUGCUGACACUUCUGUGCCAUCAGGAGAUGGUGUUUCUACUAUACUGAAAUCUGAUCAAGCUGUUUCUGGACCAUCAAGUGGAAAAAGAGCAAAUAAAUACAGAAGAAAAAGUAAAACUAAUAUCAAAAGAAACUGGAAGUGGACUGAUUUUGGACAAAUGAUGUCAGACAAAACCAAAGGUACAUCAACUAAUGAAAGAGAUUACUUGUUGUUUAAUGUCUUGUCAUAUAAUGUACUUUGUCAAGAAAUUAUGGAAGAACAUAUGGAUUUAUACCAACAUCAUAAUCCCAACUGUCUCAACUGGGAAUUUCGCAGUAAGCUCUUGAUGAAAGAGUUUGUGGACUUCGAUGCUGACGUUAUCUGUCUCCAGGAAGUUCAAGAAAGCCAUUUGAAGUCUUUUUACAGGUACACAGGCUUGUUUAAGCAGAGAACAGGAGGGAAAAAAGAUGGUGUUGCCAUAUAUUUUAGAAACUCAACAUUUCAACUUGUUGACUACACAACUGUGGAGUAUUAUCAACCCGGUGUGUCUGUGCUCAAUCGAGAUAAUGUAGGUUUAAUUGUAAAAUUGGCACCCAAUGUAAAGCCUGAUGAACGAGUUGUGGUAGCUACUACUCAUUUAUUAUAUAAUCCCAAGAGACACGAUGUUAAAUUAGCCCAAAUUCAACUACUUUUGGCCGAAGUUGAGAGAUAUGCUUUCAAAGAAAUUGAUGAAAGCACAAAGAAUACAAAAUACUGGCCUGUGAUUCUUACGGGUGAUAUGAAUUUUGAACCCAAUAGUGGAGGAUUCCAGUUGCUUAAUAUGGGUUGGUUCCGUUAUGAUGGUCUAUGCAGUAGAACUCUUACAACUGAAUAUUAUGGUCUUGGAAGAAUUUUAGGCAAAGAGCUCAUACCCCCAUUCUUGGGUGUGACAGACUAUUGCCAGCACAUAAGUUUAGUGACUCAGCGUGAUUUACAGUUUGCACCUGAGUAUGAAAGAAAAUUCAAAGAUGAUCAUAAAACUGAAAGAAAAUUGUUGCAGAUAUACAACAGUGAUUUUACAAAGCAUACUUCAUCGUCAGGAAACAUUGAAAUCACAGAAAGCAAGGAAUUAAACCAAGUAUAUGUGACAUCUCCAAAAAAGUUUUCAACUGGUCAGUUACGACAUGCUUUGCACCUGAGUUCUGUGUACUCACAUGAUCCACAAGACUAUUUUCAUAGAUCUCAAGUUUCAACAUUUCAGGACAGAUGGGUGGUUGUCGACUACAUUUUCUAUAGUAAUAAAUGGAAUCCAGACACGUCCAGCAAAGAAGAAGGAAAUCUGAAGCUAGUGGCUCGCUACAAGUUGCUCAGUGCAGAUGAGGCAGAAGAUGUGGGCCCCAUUCCCAAUGACAGUUCUCCAUCAGAUCAUUAUCCAUUAGCAGCAAAAUUUGCUCUCCUUUUUUAAUUUUUCAAGACAAUACUAAUAUAAAUGUGAACAUAUAAAAUACAUAAUUUGCAAAAUGAAAAAGCAAAUAGAAGCUACAAAGGCUGAUUGAAAAUAAAUAAGACUGAAUUUUCGAAUUGAGCAAUGCGCUCAACACUUUAUCCUCUUGAGAACAUCGAGGUAGUCGUAUUCAAUGCCCAAAAGACAGUGGAUGCUUAAAUAGACAUUAUGGAAGUGAUCCGCUAUUGUCUCAUUUUCUAACGUCUCAGUAGUGCCAAUGUUGCAGCACAGAAAUAUGAUUAACUGAACUUCUAAACGUCAGGGUAUUCUUCAGCAGAUUCUUCGUGGUUCCAAACAGGCAUUAUUUUCAUGUGAAUGAUUGUGCUAUGAACAGAACAGAGGGGAAAAUAAACUUCAAUUUAUUUGUCCGUGUUCUAGUACAAGAGAUUUGGGCGACAAUUAUUUGUCUGUGUGUUGGAGUCUUGUUUGUAUUGUGAGUCAUGGGAUACAAAUCAUGAUUGAAUCAGUGACUUACAAAUCUUUUGAUGUGACGUAGACUUCGAUUUGGUGCCUGAAUUUUUUUUGUUAAAAAAUCAUUGAAUAUUGUCCUGGAUUGCAGAGCACAGUUUAUUAACAAGAAAAUUUUUAAUUCUUUAAUAGUGUGUGUUGAACUCAGUGAUGUGCUGCUUGAAAUGAAACAGAAAAUUCUCUAUCUCAGUAAUCAAUAACAUUGUGAGUGUAACAGUCCAUAAAUAGUGGUAUGUACUUCUUCAUUCACACAAUUUAUUCUUGUUAAAAGAAACAGAUUUGUUUUGUGUUUACUUUUUACUAGAUGCAGACUUUUCCAGUCGGCUUCCAGAAAGUCCCAAACAUUUCACUAUUGGGUUAGUUUCCUAAAAAGAAAGUGAUUUGGCCUGUUUAUUUUCAUGAAAAUACUUGUGCUACAGAAUUAAAUUAAUGGUUUUAUCAUCCUUGUAAUUAGUGUGUUGUACUUAAUGUGACAAAAUUUCAAAUUUUUUGUAAUAAUAUUCCCUCCUAUUAAUGAACAUAUGACAAGAGUGUGUUCUUGUUGUCACAUUUGAUGGUACACAUUUCAAUGGGGAAAAAAUAGUUUAUUUUGUAUUAAAAAUUAUUCUUCUGAAGUACAUUUGUAAAUAACAUUUAUAUUAGAGUAUUAAAGAUAUAUUAUUUUGUCUCGGUACAAACAUGAAUGUGGUGCUAUUUGCAUAAAGUAAAUAAACUAUAAUAUUUAGUAUGUA